AUGUUGGUCAAUCUUGCCUUCAUAUUGACAAGCUCAGUUUGCACGCUUGCAUUAUCUGUAAACUCAGGCCUGACCAAUGGCCAAUUGAAAAGUUUACAGAAAAAGUUUGCAUCUUACUAUAACACAUCCUCGAACAGCAGUCAUAUAUCUGUCCGAGGCAUCACUAUCGGUGGGUGGUUGGUUACAGAACCGUACAUUACACCUACCCUUUUCAAGAAUGCCACUUCUAUGGCAACCUAUAUGAAUAGUAGUUUCCUCUCGAGCAAUAAUACUAUAAUCGACGAAUAUACAUUGUGCGAGGCCUUGGGUUACAAUACUUCAAAAGAAUUAUUAUCUAACCAUUAUGCAACAUGGAUAACAGAAGAUGAUUUCAAGCAAAUAAGUGAAGAUGGAUUCAAUUUGGUAAGGAUUCCAAUCGGUUAUUGGGCAUACAAAGUAGAUCACAAGGAGAACAAAUACAUAAAUAAUAUUACAUUUAUUGACCCAUACGUUGGCGAAGGGAUUCAACUCAAAUAUUUGGAUAAAGCACUGGAAUGGGCUCAAAAGUAUGGUCUCAACGUAUGGCUAGAUUUGCAUGGUGCACCAGGCUCACAGAACGGGUUUGAUAACUCUGGACAACGAAUCUUUUAUUCGAAUCUUGGUUGGUUAUCUAAGAAUGGUACGAGAGAAUUAACAUACACGGUAUGGGAUAAGAUGUUUAAUGAUUAUUUAGCUAGUAAUAAUAGUAUUGUUGGAGUAGAAAUUGUUAAUGAACCGCUCAACUCAAAAAUUGGUAUAGAUAAUAUUACACAAGCUUAUUAUGAUGCCUUUGUAUCGUUCAAGGAAACGAUGCCAGAAAAUGACAACAGCACAUUUAUCAUUCAUGAUGCAUUUGAAGGUGUUGAUUAUUUCAACUUGGAUUUCAAUCCACAAUACAGAAAUGUUUCUGACCAAUAUGCUAACCUGACCGAAUUCAAUUAUGAUGCGCAGAAUAUCUUAGUAGAUCAUCAUCAUUACGAGGUCUUCACCGAUUAUCAAUUGGCUGAAACGCAAUACGCACGUAUUAUGAAUAUUAUCAACUAUGGUGAAUCUAUCAACGAGCAAUUAGGAUACCAUCCGGCCGUUGUCGGCGAAUGGUCGGGAGCUCUUACUGACUGUGCCACCUGGUUGAAUGGUGUUGGUGUUGGGGCCAGAUACGAUGGUUCUUAUUACAACACUACACUGUAUACUACGAACGAUUCACCAGUUGGAAAUUGCACCUCACAAAUGCCCAUUGAAGAAUGGACUUCAGAGUACCGUGAACAAGUUAGGCAAUUCGUAGAAGCACAGUUAGCUACAUACGGUGCUAAGACCACUGGCUGGAUUUUCUGGAAUUGGAAGACUGAAAAUGCCACGGAAUGGGACUAUCUAAAAUUGAAGGCUGCCGACUUAUUUCCAGUUCCCUUUGAUAAUUAUACAUACUUUAAUACAAAUGGUAACAUAAUAUCCGCGGUUUCUGCAUCGUUAUCGAGGGAGGCAUUUCCUUCUUCGACGUCUGAUGUUGUUACAAGUACUUCUACAAAGAGUAAAAACAUGGCAAACAGAGCAUUUCAUAAGCCAACUUUAAUAAUAGGUACUCUGAGCCAGGGCAAUACAUGGAAGGGCAUCUUGACAGGCACUGUUGGUAUAAUUGCCGUCAUCUGUAUAGCGCUGUAA